AGUGGGCCAAUAGGCCCAGGACCAUCUAUAAAUUCACCUCUCUAUUCUAUCCACUUCCAGAAUCAUUUAAUCGAUUCUUUGGUGUCCGUUAUCGUCUUCUUUCAGCUGCAGCUUCCAGAACAACGAUCUAGAGCUGUUACCGACGGUUGCCGGAAAGAUAAGUAGUAGCAGUAGUCUCUGUAGUUUUCAAAUUGAAUUUCAAAUCUAUUUAGUGAUUACUGCUUGCCGCUACUUGAAUCAAACCUAGCAUAGUUGAAUUAAAAUUUGAAGAUUUAGGCGCGUGUUGGAAUUUUGAGUUCUUGAUGGGAACCCCGAAUUCGAAUGGCACGGCGCUGAAGCGGUCGCUGAGGAAGAAGGCGGCGAAUUCGCGGAGCUACAAUGAGGAGCUGAUGGAUGAGGAUGACGUGUUUGAGGCGCAAUUGGGUGGGAGGUUGAAGAAGAAGACUAAGACAUUGGAAGGUUUGGAGAAAGAAACGGAGAGGGAGGCUAUGAUUGCGUUUUCGGUAGGUUUUCCGAUUGAUGCUUUGCUUGAGGAUGAGAUUAGGGCUGGGGUUGUGAGUGAGUUGGGUGGGGAGGAGCAGAAUGAUUAUAUGGUUGUAAGGAAUCAUAUAUUGGCUCUGUGGAGGGGGAAUGUGAGGAUGUGGUUGACAAAGGGGAAGAUUAGAGAAACAGUGGUCAGCAAGUUUGAGCAUUUGCUUCACUCUGCUUAUGACUUCCUUUUUCAUAAUGGGUAUAUAAAUUUCGGUGUUUUGCCGUCGUUUACUUCUCAGUUGCCUGAGUCGACUGAAGGGACUGUGAUUGUUAUUGGUGCUGGCCUUUCAGGGCUAGCGGCCGCGAGGCAGCUCAUGUCGUUUGGCUUCAAGGUGGUGGUUUUGGAGGGUAGGAACCGCCCUGGCGGCAGAGUUUAUACCCAGAAAGUGGGGGGCGAGGGUAAAAUUGCCGCUUUAGAUCUUGGUGGGAGUAUUAUUACUGGAAUUCAUGCGAACCCGCUGGGAGUUCUGGCUCGACAGCUUUCUAUACCGCUUCAUAAAGUCAGGGAUGAUUGCCCUUUGUACAAGCCAGAUGGGGCGCCUGUUGAUAAGGAGACAGAUUCAAAAGUUGAAUUCGCAUUCAAUAGGUUGCUCGACAAAGUUAUGGAGCUUAGGCAAAUUAUGGGUGGGUUUGGAAGCGAUAUCUCGCUGGGUGCAGUCUUGGAUAAACUCAGGGAUGUAUAUGCUGUGGCGCGAAGUACUGAUGAGAAGCAAUUGCUUGAUUGGAAUCUGGCCAAUUUAGAAUAUGCAAAUGCUGGAUGUCUUUCAAAUCUUUCAGCAGCCCAUUGGGAUCAGGAUGAUCCUUAUGAAAUGGGUGGUGAUCACUGUUUUCUUGCUGGAGGCAAUUGGGGAUUGAUAAAAGCUUUAUGCGAAGGAGUUCCCAUCUUCUAUGGAAAGACAGUCAGCACCAUCAGAUAUGGAAAUGAGGGUGUGGAGGUUAUUGCUGGAGAUCAAGUCUUUCAAGCAGAUUUCGCCUUAUGCACUGUGCCUCUUGGAGUUCUGAAAAAGAAGACCAUCAGUUUUGAACCUGAAUUACCUGCAAGAAAGCUGGAAGCAAUUGACAGGCUGGGUUUUGGACUGCUAAACAAAGUGGCUAUGGUUUUUCCCCAUGUGUUUUGGGGGGAAGAUCUGGACACUUUUGGAUGUCUCAAUGAACAUAGUCAUCUACGCGGGGAAUUCUUCUUAUUUUACAGUUACCAUACUGUUUCUGGGGCCCCAGGACUAAUUGCGCUGGUGGCUGGUGAAGCCGCACAACUAUUUGAAGCCACCGAUCCAUCCGUUUUGCUCCAUCGCGUUUUGACCGUUCUAAGAGGUAUAUAUAAUCCUAAAGGCAUCACUGUACCUGAUCCAAUACAGUCAAUUUGCACAAGAUGGGGAAGUGAUCCCCUUUCUUAUGGUUCGUACUCUCAUGUUGGUGUGCAAUCAUCUGGUGGUGAUUAUGAUAUACUUGCAGAAAACGUGGGGGGCCGACUGUUCUUUGCGGGUGAAGCCACAACUAGGCAAUAUCCAGCCACCAUGCAUGGGGCUUUCUUGAGUGGCUUGAGAGAAGCUUCACGCAUUUACCAAUCAGCCCAUGUUCUGGAAAAUCCUAGGAAGUCCAUGCCUAAGAUACCAAACAAUAAUACAUUGGUUGGUUUAUUCAAGAAGCCUGAUUUGGACUUUGGAAAUUUUGCUUUUAUAUUCGAUCAUUCAUCAGAAAGUCCACAGUCAAUGGGGAUUCUGCAAAUCACUUUUGCUGGUGCUGAAGAAAGUUCCAAGGAGCUAUCAAGCAGCUAUCCAGAUCCUGCAAAGUUGCCAUUGCAGCUUUACACUAUUAUAUCUCGUGAACAUGUGCAGCAGCUACAGCAAAUUGAAGGAGGGGAUGAAAGUAGGCUGUCAUAUUUGACAAAAAGCCUCGGGUUGAAGCUCAUGGGAUUGAAUGCUUUAUACAGUACAGGUAACUCGGUAAUUGCUAGCAUUGCCAGCUCGCGAAAAGGCGGCAGGGGCAGGAAUCGCAAGAUUACUGCAUAACACCAUAUCCUAAACAGACAUCAGGUUCCCUGUAUUUGGUGUGAGUCAUCCUUGCGGCUUCUCAGAAUAAUUGCUUGGAAUGAGCAUGCCUUUUGUGCUUCUCUGUUGCAAAGUCUUUACAUAGACUCAGCAGAUCAUUGAUUUGCUGCUGGAGAUAGAAGAAAGCUUUUGAAGGUCUUAUCAGAUACAUGAUUCAAUACCUGAAGGAAGUCUUGGAGUGUAGCCAUAGCAAAAUUAGUCCUUUGAAAUUUGAGGACAGAGAGAUAUUAACAGUCCAUUUGAUGAGUGAAGAAUACAGGGAUAUAGAGAGAGGGGGUACAAAAAACCCCCAAUUGUAUCAUCAUCUAUACAAAAUCUAUGUUCAUGUCCCAUAGAUGGCAUUACUGUAUUUUUUUAGAGGGUCUUGUUUACCACAAUUGGGCUUGUUUCAUAAUUCUUUCGUUAAUUCCUUCAUUGGAUUAAGGUUUACAUGUUACUGGAAUAAAUUUCAUUGGCUACCAA